AUGAGAAAAGCAUCAAGACCAACGAAAUCUUUGCCAAGACAACUCCCAGAUAUUUGGGAUGAUACUGACUGAAUAGUCAGUGACGAAAAGUAUGAUAGUAAGACAGUCCAAAUCCCUAAUUAUACAAAUCAAUUUUCCAAUAUUUUGAAAAACAACAAGGGGAAAGUCAAGUUAAAAGAUUUAAGAAAUUAUGUCUUGGAAGGAGUAGAUUUUCCUCAAUAUUUACCUGCUAAAGAUAAAGAGAUCCAAUCGCUAGAUAGAGAUAUUAAGAUGAAUCUUGAGCAAAAAGAGGCACAGAAUGAAUGCUUUAUGACUCAUCUUAUCAGACCAAACGCUGAUCUAACUGCUUGGACUAUGCGAGAAAACGAGAGCUCAAAACUCUUAGCGAGCCUUCGGAGGAUACCCUCCAGCGAAAUUCUGAGGUUAUUGCAUUAAGCAUUAACGAAGUCCAAGCCAACUAUACCAAUCAAAGUGUUCUAGCUUUCGUUUUAAUUAAAAUUUUCUAUAAUAGUUGAUC